CUGGCCUUUUCUGUUGUAGCCUCCAGGCCGCAGGGGGGCAGUAGGCCGCAUUGUCUCCGGAAAUCUUUACCGUGUAACACAUGUGUGGACUCCGGCUUUUAGCUAAAACGUUUAUAUUAACGCGUUUUAAAUAGUCUGUACAAUGUUUAUAGGUGUUUUUGUGCAAAGAGAUAUAAGAACAUGCUGACAUUAUGUCGACUACAAACAGAAAGAAGCAGGGCAGGGACACCGCGGUGCAGGGAACCAACGACAGCAGUGUGGUGAGCAAGGUGUCUGCCUCAGCACAUGGCUACUUUCAGGAUGUCUUUCUCCAGCACUUUGUGUGCAGAGUUGCCCGGAGAGCCCCGCUCAUCAACAGGGGCUACUAUGUACGCUGGAGAGCUGUGGACCACUGUGUGAUGAGGUUUCUACACAUUACUGGAAACUGUCCCAAGAGACAGAUUUUAUCUCUGGGUGCAGGGUUCGACUCUUUGUAUUUUCGACUGCAUGCAGAUGGGGCACUUGACAGGGCUGUUGUGUUUGAGGUGGAAUUCCCAGACGUUGCCCGGCGCAAGGCUGCCCUGAUCACUUCUAAUAUGACACUGAAGGGGAUGUUAGACUCCCAUUUGCCUUCUCACGCAGGACCUGUACAUGUGUACAGCAGUCAGUACUGUCUGUUGGGGCUGGAUGUUAGAGAGGAGUCCCAGCUGGAAAAGACUCUGGGGGCAGCUGGGCUGGACUGGGCUGCCCCUACCCUCGUUCUCUCUGAAGUGGUGCUUACCUACAUGGAAACACAAUGGUCAGAUGCUGUCAUUAGUUGGGUGGCAAAGCUCCUGCCUCAGUCACUCUUUGUUAUGUACGAGCAGAUUCAUCCAGGUGAUCCUUUUGGUCGGAUCAUGCAGGAUCAUUUCCUGAAACUCAAUUCAACUCUGCACGCACUUCAACAAUACCCAGACACAGCUGCACAGAGAAGCAGGUUCUUGGACAAGGGCUGGGAGCAGUGUGUAUGUCUGGAUAUGAAUGACUUCUACCUGGGCCUGGUCCCUGAGCAGGAGAGAUGCACAGUGGAGAGCCUGGAGCCUUUCGAUGAAUAUGAGGAGUGGCACCAGAAAUGCUCCCACUACUUCAUCCUCACUGCGUCUCGAGGCUCUUCUAUGGCACAGGCCUUACUCACACACCCUCCAGUACUAUCCUUUAGCCCAUCUUGGAGCCCCGUGGCCCUGAAUGUGAAAACCAUGCCAGUGUGUAUGGAGGGGCUGGGGAUGGCUUCUACCUUGAUGAGCCCAGGGCAGGUCCUGCUAACAGGAGGCUCCAGCAGAGGAGGCAGGGGGCCAGUAACCAGGCUCCUCCUGAGGGGCCAGGAUGGCUGGAGAUCUGUCAGUAUGGAGCCACCAGUAGAUCUGAGUGUGCGACUCUACCACACCGCUACCUCUCUUCCUGGAGGAGGUGUUGUGGUUUAUGGAGGUCGCUCCUCUCCACUCAACUCAAUCAAAGGCCUUUUCAAAGUGACCUUUGACCCCAGUGCUCCACCUGGUCCUCUGCACUCUGAGGGUGCAGUGAAACUUUGUGCAGAGCAGAUCGUCUGUACAGGGGCGCCGCCAGCACCACGAUGGAGGCACACUGCUGCCGCAAUGAGGUACCAAGGCAAAGACUUUCUGUUCGUGUUUGGUGGAAAGAAUGAAUCAGAGGCUGUUCUCGGCGACGGUCACUUCCUGUGUGUCGACCAUCACCACUGGACUGAGAUCCCAGUAGAGGGCGCAGCGCCAGAGCCCCGCCACUCCCACUCAGCAUGUUCCUAUCAGGGAGGUGCGGUGGUGUUUGGAGGACUGGACAGAAGGGGGGUGCCGCUGGGGGACACAGUCGUGCUCAGGCCAACUGAAAGAGGCUUCUGCUGGGAGAGAUUAGAGGUGCAGCCCCCUCCUGUUCCCAGAUACUCUCAUUCUGCCCAUGUUACUGGGGGGAAGCUGGUUGUAGUGGGUGGAGUGUGGCUGCAUUCAGAUGGUGUGCCGGGUGUUGUCGUGGUCAGCCUCACCACAUGCUGCAGCGUGGAGUUCAGCCUGGACACGACCUCGGUGCCCUGGCCUCUGAUGCUCCACUCCUUCUGCUCUGAGCUCACAGAUUCUGCAGAGCCAGAGUUGCUGCUGAUGGGUGGGGGAGGAAACUGUUUCUCCUUCGGGACUCACUUCAACCCCCGGCCUCUCACUGUGGACCUCCGACCUGCACUGGCAUGAAGUGGUUCUUUGACCCUGUU